UACAGCCAGCGAGCUCCGGCGGGCUGCGGAGGAUGUCGACCCCGCUGCGGGGACACGCUCCGGGCGGGAUGCUCGUGUCAAGUCGGCCGCUCCUCGCGCAGUCGCCCCGCACCUGCAGCCCCGUGCACCCAUGAAGCCCCCGCUGAUGAAGCCCCGAGCUGCCAGAGUGAGGCGGAAAGUGGCCGGAGACAGAGAGCAUGUACUGGCGCGUCGGGUUUGCCUGGACGCGGUCGUGUGUGGUUGAUCUUGGCCAGAACCAGAGCUUCUCCUCCGGCCUGCUGGGCUCCGAUGAGCAGCUCUCGUUUUAUGGGUACAUCAUCGCGUACCCACUGCAGGACUACGGCGGGAUCAUGUCAGCUUUGGGCUCGGACUCGUGGUGGCGGAAGACGCUGUAUUUGACCGGAGGGGCUCUGCUGGCUGCCGCUGCUUAUCUGCUGCACGAACUGCUGGCCAUCAGAAAGGAGCAAGAGCUGGACUCUAAAGAUGCCAUCAUACUCCACCAGUUCUCCAGGCCCAAAACUGGCGUCCCGUCCCUGUCCCCUUUCUGCCUUAAACUGGAGACCUACCUCCGUAUGGUUGAUCUGCCCUACAAGAACUACUUUGAUGGGAAGCUCUCACCUCAAGGAAAGAUGCCGUGGAUUGAAUACAACCAGGAGCAGGUGUGUGGCACCGAAUUCAUCAUCGACUUCCUGGAGGAGAGGCUGGGCGCGAGCCUCAACAAGGGCUUGACGCCGCAGGAGAAGGCCGUGUCUCGUGCCAUAACCAAAAUGGUGGAGGAGCAUUUCUACUGGACCAUAGCUUACUGUCAGUGGGUGGACAACCUGGAGGAGACGCAGAAGAUGCUGGCAGUGAGCGGGCCGCUGAGUGACCUGCUCAAGUGGAUCCUGAGUCACCUGACCGGCGGGAUCGUCAAGAGGGAGAUGUACGGGCACGGGAUCGGACGUUUCUCCGAGGAUGAGGUUUACGCCCUGAUGGAGAAGGACAUGCGCACCCUGGCCACGCUACUCGGUGAUAAGAAGUAUCUUAUGGGCUCUAAGCUUUCAACAGUCGACGCUGCAGUGUUCAGUCAUCUGGCCCCUGCAAUGUGGACGCUACCAGGAACACGACCAGAGCAGCUGAUAAAAGGUGAGCUCAUUAACCUGGCCAUGUACUGUGAGCGCAUACGCCGGCGAUUCUGGCCCGAGUGGUUCGUGGACCUGGAGGACUUCUGCUACAGCGACACCACAGAGGGCAGCGAUGCGCCCUCCAAACUGCCCGACCUGGGCCUCUUCUCCGGCACGGACACUUUCCAGGACAACACACACACGCACACUUCCCACCCUCACACACCAAAGGACCCUCUGUCGCCCGACAGCGACCCAACCGGCCACUCGCUGUACGACUCGGACAUGGACACAGAGUGCUCUGAAAUCGACAAGUGUUGACGAAACGUAAAGAUGUAGUACACGCCACACAUUUGCUCACCACAGGGGGGAGCUGUGUCCCGCCUGCACACAUGCGUCCCCUACCUCUCUGAACAGAACAUAACGGUGAAUUGUUGUUGGUGUCUCCUGCGACAGUGGAGACGUUGAGGAGGUCUUGCUUGCAUAUUGUAGUGGAGGAACGACUGCAGUAGAAGGAGAGGGAGUAAAAAAAGGGAAACAGAUGGAGAUAAACCGAAUGAGAGAAGUUUCAGUGGGGAGAAAGAGAAAACUGAGGCAGGACAAGAUUAAAAACGCCAGGAGUAAAUGACGCCACUGCUGAGAAACUCCUCCAUGUGGUCGACCUUAUCUGCAGUCACCACCUGACGUCAUAAUCGUGGCGAAUACGUGAGUCUUGACCCCCGUUAUCCCUCGUAGCAACUCGCACCGCCUGGCCUCGUGUGUGUGAACCCUAAACGCCUUGUAUUGAUAGGACAUCGUAGGGAACAUGUACAGGGAUUCAUGCGAAUGAAUACAACUCAGUGUAAAUAUAUAAAUGGAUAAGAUUUAAUAGAUUAUAUAUGAGUAUAAAUAGUAUAGAUAGCCUGCAAAUAUAGAGUCAUCCCCUCUGUCAUAUGGUGUAAAUACUGUAGGUGUAUUUCAGUAUUGGACAUGAAUCGUCUCGUGAUAGUUUCCAUGAAUAAACGCCCGCUUUGCUGGUCCAGGAUCAGCAUGAGGACCUCCCGUUUCUGUCUCCAUGGCAGGGAUAUUACAGUGAUGCCUGCUGCCCAAAUUUAAAUAGUGCAGUAAAAGUUAAUGGAGGAUAAUGGGUAGUAAACCGCAAUCUGCCACAAGCACUCAUUGUCAUUAAGACAAUUAUUUUGACAAAAAAUGUCAUUUUCUUCCACAUUAUAAACAUAAUGUGACAACAUGCAUUGUCAGGUGCCUGUAUUGUUUAGAUUAGAGGUGCGCCGAUACCAUUUUUCAAUCGAUACCGAUUUCUAAAACUUGAGCAACGGCUGAUACAGA